AUGAUUUUUCAACAGAGUACAGAUAAACAAAUUCCACAAGUGCGCUUUUAUGAUCAUCAGCGAAUUGCAGAUGUGUUAAAUAAUGAACGCAACUCCAAAACAAUGCUCACACAAUUCUUUGCAUUGAAUCUACGAGAUCCACAAGCAAGAAAGUAUCUGUAUAGAGAGAUUCCAGAGCAUUAUUGUUGGAACAAGCGGGAUAUGGAAUGGCAUCGUAGGCGAUCAACAAGAAAAGUUAUCGGGAGAAUCUAUACGGUAUCACCUUCAGAGGGAGAUAAGUUUUACUUGCGACUGUUGUUAUCGCAUGUCACAGGUUCAACCAGCUGGGAGUAUCUUCUUACAAAUAAUGGCAUGACUUUUAGUACAUUCAAAAAAUCAGCCGAGGAUAGGGGAUUUCUAGAGACUGAUCAUAGUAUUCGUGAUUGUUUGGUUGAGGCUACGAGUCUCCGAAUGCCAUAUGCUUUACGAAGGUUAUUCGUGACGAUUUUAAUAUUUUGUGAACCUACUGAUGUUAGAGCCCUUUGGAAUGAGUUUUUUACACAUAUGGUAGAGGAUUAUCAAACAGCUAACAAUGUUGUGGAAUCAAACUUAACUAAUAUGUUGUUGAAGGUCUUGAAUGAACUCUUAAACCUGCACGGUAAAAAGAUUGAUGAUUAUGAUCUCCCAUCUUUACCCCCUAAUACAAUAGACAGAGGUGCAGUUCCAAGUAUCAUACAAGAGGAGUUAGCGAUCGAUAUCCCCAAUGAAGAUAUUGAAUAUAUUGCUAUGUUAAAUAAUGAUCAAAUGAUUGCAUUCAACACCAUUAUGAAUGUAAUUGUUCAAAAACACAGUGGAGUAUUUUUUGUUGAUGGUCCAGGAGGAACAGGUAAAACAUUCCUUUAUAGAACAUUAAUGGCAAGUUUAAGAAGUAGAGGAGAAAUUGUCUUAGCAACUGCAUCAUCUGGUAUAGCUGCAACAUUGUUACCCGAUGGUAGGACUACACACUCUCGAUUUAAGAUACCUAUUGAUAUUCAACCGAGUUCCAUUUGUGGUAUUGAAAAGCAAAAGGAUCUUGCAAAUCUCAUUAGAGUUGCUGCCGCAAUAAUUUGGGAUGAAGCACCAAUGACAAACAAAAAUUGUUUGGAAGCCUUAGAUCGAUCAUUACAAGACAUUUGUAGCAACAGUGCUCCAUUUGGUGGAAAAUCUCAUUUAUGGAAUCAUACCAAGAUUUUGCAUUUGCGUCAAAAUAUGCGAUCAUUGCAUGAUCAAGAGUUUGCAGAAUUUCUUAUUCGCAGUGGUGAUGGUGUCGAACCUACCAAACCAGAUGACAUGGUGAGGUUACCUUUACAUAUUGCAAUCCCAUGGGAAGGUGAACAUUCCAUACAAGUACUUAUCCAACAUAUUUUUCCUGAUCUAGAAUUGCAUGGUUGGGAUGCCCCAUAUAUGGUACAAAGAGCUAUUUUGACACCAACAAAUGAUGAUGUCCAGAAAUUGAAUGAUAUGAUUAUCGAUCAGUUUCCAGGAGAAGAACAUAAUUUGUUAUCGUUUGACGAGGUUGAAGGAGAUAAUCAUGAUUUAUACCAGCAAGAAUUCUUAAACUCAAUUGCACAAGGUAGUUUGCCACCUCAUAUUCUAAAGAUAAAAAAGGAUGCACCAUUGAUGUUGUUACGAAAUCUAGAUCCUAGAUAUGGAUUGUGUAAUGGGACCCGGUUAUUAUGUCGUGGUUUAUUUAUGAAUAUGUUGGAUGUGGAAAUCCUGACAGGAAGCAACGCAAGAAAACGUGUUUUUUUGCCUAGAAUUAAAAUAAAAACAUCUGCAAGUGAUGGACUGCCUUUUGUCCUUAGUAGAAAGCAGUUUCCUGUGCGACUAAGUUUUGCAAUUACAAUAAAUAAAUCACAAGAACAAACCAUUCCAAAUGUUGGAAUAUAUCUUCCACGACAUGUUUUUAGUCAUGGACAGUUAUAUGUGGCUUUAUCCAGGGGUGUUUCACAGACUACAACAAGAGUUUUAACCAGGGAAGGAAAAUUGAAAGGAGAAGAUGGUGACUACACAAAAAAUGUAGUCUACAAACAAAUUCUUUUAUCGCACCCGCAGAUAUCAGACUUUGAAGAUAAAUGGAACACGUGGAAGGAUGAACAAAGUAUUUCAUCCAUCGGCAAACUCGACAAUAAGGUCAAACGUUUGAAAAUUUACUCCAUCGGUUGGAGCUCCACGGUGAUAACAGAUAAAACACAACUUUGGAAAAUGGUGAAAAGAGAAAUAAUAUCUCAAAGGAUGGAGAGAAAUUCAGGUAAUUCAGAAACAAGUCAUAAUUGUUGUUCUACGAAAUCUAGACUAAAACAAAGUAUCUCCAUUCUCCAGUUUUUUAAAUCUCAAGAGCGCAUUGAUAAAGGGAUGUACGAAGAAUUGAUUCGAAUCUUUAUAAGGUAA